AUGCCUCAGGUGACAUCUCUCCAGCCCAAGAGCUUGCUGUUGGCCGUGACCACACCUCAGACAGUCACCACAACCCAAGGGCGCACUGAGGGAGACAAUGCCCUUCCUGACCCUGUCGCCUCCAAAUCAGGAGGAUGGGGAUCCCUGGAGUCAGAGCCUUACCUUCUCCUGGGCUCUGGAGCUUUCCUGUCUGUGCUCCCUGCUCCUCAAUUUACCAUCAUGAAGCUCUUGGCGUUCCUGGGACUGGUGGUGGUUUCCAUGUUCUUGGUCUCUGGCCAGGCUACAACAGCUGCUCCCUCUGACACCUCUACUGCUCACCCCGCCCUCACCAGCACUGCUGCUCCUCGCAUGGCUGCUACCACCACUGCCGCUGCCGCUCCUCGCAUGGCUGCUAUGAGCGCCGCUGUUGCUCCUCACAUGGCUGCUACCACCACUGCCGCUGCCGCUCCUCACAUGGCUGCUACCAGCGCCGCUGCCGCUCCUCGCAUGGCUGCUGCCAUGGCCACCAGGCCUCCUCGCAUGGCUACCACCACUGCCCCUGCCGCUCCUCGCAUGGCUGCUACCAGCGCCGCUGUUGCUCCUCGCAUGGCUGCUGCCACCGCCACUGGGGCUCCUACUACAACUACGUCCACUGCAACCAAAGCUGCUGCUACCGCCCCUUGGUCGGAUUCCAAAGAAUGA